AUGGCCUCACCUGCGGCACCUCCAGCUCCUGGGCGCACGCCAUUCAUACCGCCCGAUUAUGAACUCAACGAACAUAUCGCUGAUUUCAUUGGUUAUCUGACUCUGGCUGUUCUUUGUUUCAUUGCAUUGUUACGAUUACCAAGCUUCAUCAAAUACCGCCUUCGCGCAACCUCGAGGCCGGCCUCCUUCAUCAAGAAAGGCUACUUGUUGUCCAAAAAUCGUAACGAAACUGGGCCUCCGAAUGGAGGCAAAGCACAACCCUUCGCCGAUGGCAGUCCACUGCUCAGGACUAAAUUUACUUUAAUCAAGUUGUACAAUCUCAAAGUCCCUUACAUGAGUGCUCUGGUGAAUCACUUCAAUCUAGGCAAUUGCUUGUUUCUUCUGGUCUAUCUUAUCCUUCUAGUUAUCCUCUCUCUUUAUAAAAACUUCGAAGGAACAAGAAGCCUCGAGAACUAUAAAAGGUUUGGAUUGAUUGCGAUUUCUCAAUUUCCUCUGCUAUUCGUUCUAUCGAUGAAGAAUUCGCCUUUAAAUCACAUCACCGGUGUUGGUUACGAGCGACUCAAUUUUAUCCAUCGGUCUAUUGCACGAAUCAUCUUCAUAUUCGCCUUGAUUCAUGGGGCCUUACAGAUGAACCUACAGCACAAUCUCACGGGCAAGAUUCAUUUUAAGAAGGCUCCGAAAUAUGGAUUGGUUGCACUUUGCUUACUUGCAUUGCUCAAUAUCAUGGGCUCCAGAGUUUUCCGAAAUUCUUUAUACCAAGUAUUCCUGACUCUUCACGUUUUCGGUUACAUUACCCUGGUUGUGAUCCUUUGGUUACAUUCCCAGCACACAAGACCAUUUUUGAAGGCGUCUAUCGCUUUCCUCGUUUUGGAUAACCUACUCAAAGUCGUCAAAUCCAGGGUCAAGCGCGCUACGUUUACUGCCAUGCCGGGAGGCUUAACUAGGAUCGAGGUUCAUGGCAUCAAUGACGGCUGGCGUGCUGGCCAGCAUGUAUUCUUAAGAGUCUUGAAAGGGCGCCAAAUAUUUGAAAAGCACCCGUUCACGAUUGCAAACGCCCCGAAUUCUUCAACUCCAUAUGGGUCGACCGAUCAUUUGCUCAUCGUGGCAAAAGCAGCCGGGGAUUAUACCGAGAGGAUAUAUUGUUUAGCAGGCCAUCCACGAGAAAACAGUUCCGAUAAUUUGGGGAUAGAAUCGAAGCUUCCCUCCCCAGUUGAUAUGAAGGACGAAUCAAAAGGCUCCGCUGUGAUAGUUCCAGGCGGAUUAUCUCCUUCAGGCACUUCUUAUCACGUUCUUGUGGAUGGACCUUAUGGAAGUUUUUUUACCGACAUGACUCGCUAUCGUACUGUACUCUUAUGUGCCGGGGGAAGUGGUUUCACUUAUUGCAUGGCCGCCCUUGAAGAUAUAAUCGGUCAAGCCGCCAAAAGCGGCAGAAGCCUAACAAAGCACGUCCAUGUAGUCUGGAGUUUGCGAGAGCCAGACAUGAUCGAAAGCUUCGGUCCGGGGAUCGAGGAGACGAUCAGGGUUGCCCAAGCGCACGGAAUCACUGUCACGGUCAAACUAUUCCUAACGAAAGCGAACAGUAACAGCUUAGUUGAACGAAGCUACUUAGCAUCGCUCGAAUUGAAAGUCGACCGACCCAUCUUCAGUCAAGUACUCAAUGAAGUUGCAUCGGGCGAAGCUUUGGUAAAUGGCGGCGGAUUAGGCGUGGGUGUGUGUGGUCCUUCCGGCUUGGUUGAAGGAGUUAGUCAAGCCGUGAUGGACUUGGACCCCAAUCAAGUCCAAGGGAUUGGGGGCGUAAAACUGCACAGUGAAAAAUUCGGCUGGUAA